AUGCCGUCUCCUUCCAAGCAGCACACAAAAAGCCCCAAGACGGGUAAGGCUUUCCGGCGCGUUCGCACAGCCAUUGUUGGGGACCUCUAUCAAGGGAACCAGUUCCCCCAGUGGAUUCGCAGAAACGGCGGAGAGUUUCACGACAAAGUCACUGAUCAGAUCACACAUCUGAUUGCCUCGGAACAGGCCUACGAGGAUAACGUGGAUGAAGUGCAAGCUGCAAAGGCUCUCGGGAAGAUCAAGAUCGUCUCUCGGGACUGGCUUACUGCCUCCCUACACGCCAACCCUAUCCGCCCGGUCCCCGAGAGACCCUUCCUUCUGGAGAACCUGGUCAAGCCCACUAAGAAGAAUGGUGAAGGCAGGAAUGGCACAGACAGCAAGGGCAAGGUAGACUCUGGAAUAAUGGCCCGGACGCGUGUCAAGGAUCCAUUCAUUCCGAAAGGAACAAUCAAUCAGCCUAAGAAGGCCAUCUUCCGUGAUCCUCAGACGGGUGGAGCGUGGGACGCAGUACUCACACGUGCGGGUAAAACAGCCCGUCUUCGGGAGAAAUACCGUGUGGCAAUCUUUGAAACCUCCUCACAGCCACCCACCUACUCGACCUAUGCAAAGUACAGCCGCGUUGGGACCUCUCGUGUCCAGGAGCUGACUCUUCCCAAGAGCGACAUUGCUACUGCUGUGGACGCCUUCAAGCAGUUCUUCAAGGCCGAGGCAGGCAAGGACUGGGAGGAUAGAAACGAUGCCAGCCUCCCUACCCCUAAGACAGACAACGAGGGCAAUGUCAUACCCGCUCACCAGGGUUGGUACUUCUACAAGAGCCAGGAAAAUAUCUUCACCAGCUUCAUCAUGCGGGCCGGCCCACCUGGUGCAAGUACAGAUGGUUCUUUGUCUGUUAACCGUCGAAUCGAACCCGAUGAAUCGGAGGCAGACGUUGCUCGGCCUGAGGGAAUUGUUCUUCCAAAAGUCCUGGCAAUGUCAGAGGAAGACAGUGGCAAUAAUGCUGAUGUCGAAUCUGAGGGUAUCAACAUCGACGCCAGCUAA